CCCGCGGUCUCGCCCGGGCCACCGGCGCCCCGACACCCUGACACCCCGAGAGCGGACAAAAACAGCCCAGAGGCCAAGGGGCCGCGGGACCUUCCCGCCCCGCGCCCCUACCCCCGCCACCGCCGCCUCCGCUCCUCCCUGGCGGCCGGGUGGGGAUCCCGGGGGGCGAGGGAGGGGCUGCUCGCUGCGUCCCCUCCUUGGGGCCGGAAAGGAACAAACAAGCCGCGUCCGCCUUGCGGGAGCCCGGCUGGGCCUGGGGACUUUGGGAAGAGCGGUGGGUGCAGCGGUGCCCUGCAGACAGAACCCGAGUUCCGUAUUUACACUCCCUGCAGGAGGGCCUUGUGUUUCUGUUUUGUUUCCCUCCCCCUGCAGGGGCUGUGUGCGGGGUGGGGUGGGGGGUUCGCUAUGUCGGAUGACGAUUCCAGGGCAAGCACCAGCUCCUCCUCCUCUUCGUCCUCCAACCAGCAAACCGAGAAAGAAACAAACACCCCCAAGAAGAAGGAGAGUAAAGUCAGCAUGAGCAAAAACUCCAAGCUCCUCUCCACCAGCGCCAAGAGGAUUCAGAAGGAGCUGGCCGACAUCACUCUAGACCCUCCGCCCAACUGCAGUGCUGGUCCUAAAGGUGACAACAUCUAUGAGUGGAGAUCUACCAUUCUAGGACCCCCAGGAUCUGUGUAUGAAGGAGGUGUAUUCUUUUUGGAUAUCACUUUUACUCCAGAAUAUCCCUUCAAACCUCCAAAGGUUACAUUUCGGACAAGAAUCUAUCACUGUAAUAUUAACAGUCAAGGAGUUAUUUGCUUGGAUAUAUUGAAGGAUAAUUGGAGCCCAGCACUAACUAUUUCUAAAGUCCUCCUUUCUAUCUGCUCACUUCUUACAGACUGUAAUCCUGCCGACCCUUUGGUGGGAAGUAUUGCCACUCAGUAUAUGACCAACAGAGCAGAACAUGACAGAAUGGCCAGACAGUGGACCAAGAGAUACGCUACAUAAAUUGAAUUGAGUUUUCACAAUUCUUACAUUAUUUGUCUGUCACAGAAGAGAGCUGCUUAUGAUUUUGAAGGGGCAGGGGAGGGUGGGAGUUGGUAAAG